AUGCGCCUCCACCGGCGCUACGUGAGGACUGGCUUCUUCCGCAGUGACCACGAAUUCAUUGAUCCUGAAACCGUUUUGUUUGCCGAAUCUUCGGAAGAGUGGCGGCAUGCUGAUGGGGGAGGCGCCCUGACGGAAGCCGUCCUGGAGAGGUCCAACGUUGGUAUGGGCUUGUGCAUCCUCAACAGAGGAAAGCUAGACAGCGAAACCGUCUUUGGGCUGUAUCGGCGCCUGCGUGACUUGGAGGUGAACUCCCUAAAGAGGUUUUGCUGCCUAAGCAGCCGCAGGCGAAGUCUUUUUUCCGCUGGGCUCUGCUUGUCAGAGCUUCUGGCCUUCGCUGAAACCGCACAGACGCGUGGUGGGAUCCUCCCAGCUUCUGCUUUGUGGCUUCUCCAGAAUGCACUCGAGUUGCAUUCCGCUGUCCACUCAUACAGCAAGCCUCUCGUGAGCUUGCUAAACGGACGCGCAGAGGGAGAGGGCGCAGCCCUUUGCUUCCUCUCCAAUCGCAGCGCGGCCUACAAGCACUCGGUUUUUUCGUGUGACACGACAUCGAUGGGCUUCAUCCCCACGAUGGGUAUGACCUUCGCUCUCGGCCGUCUCCGAGGUUCUUUGGGCGCUUUCCUGGCGCUAACUGGCCACGAACUGACUGCUCAGGAUCUAGUGUGGUCGGGUCUAUGCAAAUAUUGGGUGACACCAGAAGCGCUGCACUUCAUGGAAAUGACGGCAGAGAAGCAGCUGGAAGUAUCAGAACAAGACGCGAAGGCUCUUCUUGAAGAACAUUUUCUUCUUCCCCCGAGCACGUACUCUCUGGAUCUUUGGGAGGAAAUUAUUGACGAACACCUGCACCAUUCCACACUUGAAGAGGUGUUAGACGCUCUGGACGCAACUGGCAGAGGAAUGCGCCCCUUGCGAGGCUUCCCUGCGCCUGUGCCGGCACAACGAAUUGCGUCCUGGGCCAGGGCUGUUGCUGCACGCAUCCGGCAGCGGUCUCCACUUGCGUGCAAGCUAACGCUGGAGUUGCUGCGGAGGCAGAAAAUCCUGCAAUCGGAAAUUCUUGAGGAUGCCAACAUAAGCCCCCAUGAGUGGCGCAAAAUCAAACGCCUAGAAGCUGUCCUCCCGAGCAACGUGCAGGAUGACAGCAUGAAGCAAAUCCUCGAAGCAGUAGACGAUCAGCUGCUCGUAAAUGCUCUGGAGAAUGAAUUGCGGGUGGCAGUCCGGCUAAUUUGUUCUAGCAAGGAUCUAGUUGAGGGCCUCCGUUCACGGCUCCUAGAAGAAACCCCAAACGUUUAUUCACCUCCAACAUGGGCAGACGCUGCAAAUGUUCCUCUCGAGCCAUUCUUCGCACCGCUGCCUGCACCUUGCUCAGCGGCCAGGAAUUCUGUCCCAUCUUCUGGAAAAAUAGCUGUUUGCCAGGAUCCAUUCAACUUGUUCACGUGCUCAGAUUUCGUAGCUGAGGAGCGCACUUUGUUUCCCUUUUCUGCACACCCUCUGGUGGGCCGGAUGACUCCCGGUGGUGCGGGUGCCGGGUUGAGUGAACGACAACAGGCGCGUCUAAGUGCCCGUUGGAGCUGGGACUUGUUUCGUGACGUGGUAAAUCAGGAAGGCUUCUAG